GGCUUUAGGUCUCACACUAAACAAGCUGACUGGACCGAUUCCGCCACUGGCCAACCUACUUGCAUGUGAAAGCAUAUACCUGAACUACAACAACUUGACAGGCCCCAUUCCUGACUUCCUCACCAAAAACUCAGCCCUUCGUGACUUGUAUCUUAAUGACAACGGGCUGACUGGCUCAAUACAAGAAACACUCAGCAACCUUCAAAAUCUGCUCACCUUAGUGACUGCUCUCUCGUUCACUCAUCACCACAUGGACGAUCGCUUCUUGCCCUGCCUGUUUGUCAACACGUGCUGCACACAUCUUCCCUUCACCAGGAGUCUUCAAGGCAAUCGCCUGACGGGAUCCAUUCCUUCCACUGUGGGAGUUAUGAGCACCCUCACAUCGCUAGCCCUUGGCAACAACAGCCUCACUGGAACAAUCCCUGACUCCAUCUCCAGCCUCUCAAACUUGGUUCAACUGGAAAUAUGGAGAAACAACCUGACUGGUCCGAUACCAACGACAUUAAGCAACCUCCGGGUUUUAACAGUGUUGAGCCUUACUUACAACAGCUUCACUGGCCCAAUUCCUGACUCCAUUGGGGCGCUCACAAGCCUUAGUCAAUUAUACUUGUCGGUCGCCAACCUGACUGGCACCAUUCCCGAGUCCAUUAGCAACCUCGCAAAUCUUUCCGACUUGGACCUUUCCCACAACAGCAUCACAGGCCCGAUUCCGCAAUCCGUCGGGAAGCUCGCGGGCCUUACUCACUUGGGCUUGGGCUUCAACGCCUUGACGGGCUCCAUUCCUGACUCGCUUUCCACUCUGAAGAAUCUUUCUGCCUUGAGUCUUCCAAGCAAUCGCUUGACGGGAUCCAUUCCAUCCAUGAUUGGAGUUUUGAGUGGCCUGACCGCAUUAUCCGUUAGCAACAAUAGUCUGAGUGGAUCAAUUCCAGAUUCCAUCUCCAAGCUUACAAACUUGAUUCAACUGGGCCUUCGCAAUAAUGGCUUUACCGGCUCCAUUCCAUCCAUGAUUGCAAGUUUGAGCAGCCUGACAGUAUUAGUCUUGAACGACAACAGCCUGACUGGAACAAUCCCUGACUCCAUCUCCAUGCUCUCAAACUUAGUUUUACUAAAUCUUGCCAACAACGCCCUGACAGGCAGCAUCCCACCGUCCAUUGGCAGCCUCACACAGCUUUCUACCUUGAAUGUGAGUGGAACUGGCCUGACCUGCCCGGACGACUACACCCCAUGCGUGGCGCAGCAGCAGCCUCAGAGCGCCUUUUGCCUCCAGUGUGCCUCCUUCUGCGCCACCUGCGGCAAGCCGGCACCUCCACCCCAAUCGCCUGGGAGUACCACGGGGCGCCUCAAAAAUGCCACUUGCUGCCGCCCCCCUCCCCAACCCGUGCCGUCUCACGUGGACAUCACAGCUCCCGCUGCUUCCCCUGCUGACUCUGUAGCCGCUGCUGCUGCUGCUGCUGCUGCUGCUGCUGCUGCUGCUGCUGCUGCUGCUGCUGCUGCUGCUGCUGCUGCUGCUGCUGCUGCUGCUGCUGCUGCUGCUGCUGCUGCUCCCACACCCUCACCUGCAGCAUCGGCCACUGCUCAUGCUGCCGUUCCGCCUUCCCUAGGCAGCGAGCUGCCAACAGCAGGCGAGGUGGGGCAGGAGCAGGCAGCAGGGAAGGCAGAAGGGGAGGAAGCAGGAGAGGCGGGCACGGCAAGCCCUGGCGAGGAAGCAGCAGAGGGGGUGGAGCUUAGGCACGCGGAGAAGGAGCGGUUUGACUGGAGCAGGGCGUGGUACGCGGUGGGCGUGAUCGAAGACAUGGAUGCCAGUCGCCCGCACGCGCUCACAGUGCUGGGCCGCCCCCUCGUGCUCUGCCGCGAUGCCACGGGCUCGUGGCGCUGCUUCCUCGACCAGUGCCCCCACCGCUUAGUCCCCCUCUCUGAGGGCCGCAUAGACUCAGAGGGCAGGCUGGCGUGCUCAUACCACGGGUGGGCGUUUGCAGGCAGUGGUGCGUGCCAGCUCACCCCCCAGGCGCCUCAAGACAACCCGCCCCACCCGCCCCGCGCGCUCGCCUCCCCCCGCGCCUGCGCCACCGCCUUCCCCACCAGGGAGCUCCAUGGCAUUCUCUUCGUGUGGCCCGACAGCGCCUCUGCAGAGCAGGCGGAGCGCACAGCCAUCCCCGAGCCCGAGGGCGUGGAGUGGGAUGCGUGUGACAUGAUGGUGCACGCGCGGCGCGUGAGCUACAGCUACGAGGUGCUGGCGGAGAACUUUGCCGACCCCGCGCACAUCUUCUUCGCCCACCACGGCUUCGGCCCGCUGCACCGCCACCAGGGCGCUCCCAUGAACGAGAUCAGCCUGCACUCUCUGGUGAGACGAGCGUGCUGCGCGUGGUGA